AGAUGUCGAAGGGACCAGCUGUCGGAAUUGAUCUUGGCACCACCUAUUCCUGUGUUGGAGUAUUCCAACAUGGGAAGGUGGAAAUCAUUGCCAACGACCAGGGGAACCGCACCACGCCCAGCUACGUUGCCUUCACUGAUACAGAGAGGUUGAUCGGCGAUGCUGCAAAGAACCAAGUAGCAAUGAAUCCCACUAACACAGUUUUCGAUGCUAAACGCUUGAUUGGGCGCAGAUUUGACGACUCUGUGGUCCAGUCUGAUAUGAAGCACUGGCCUUUCACUGUGGUGAAUGAUGCUGGCAGACCAAAAGUCCAGGUGGAGUACAAAGGCGAGACAAAGAGCUUCUACCCAGAAGAAAUUUCUUCCAUGGUUUUAACUAAAAUGAAGGAAAUUGCAGAAGCUUACCUUGGGAAGGCUACAAAAGAUGCUGGAACUAUUGCAGGGCUCAAUGUCCUGCGAAUCAUCAACGAGCCAACAGCUGCUGCCAUAGCCUAUGGUCUGGACAAAAAGGUCGGUGCUGAGAGGAACGUUCUUAUCUUUGACCUGGGAGGUGGCACCUUCGACGUGUCGAUCCUGACGAUUGAAGAUGGCAUCUUUGAGGUGAAAUCCACUGCAGGUGACACUCACCUGGGUGGAGAAGACUUUGAUAACCGCAUGGUGAACCACUUCAUCGCCGAGUUCAAGCGCAAGCACAAGAAGGACAUCAGUGAGAACAAGAGGGCCGUGCGGCGUCUGCGCACCGCCUGCGAGCGUGCCAAGCGCACCCUGUCCUCCAGCACCCAGGCCAGCAUCGAGAUCGACUCUCUGUACGAGGGCAUCGACUUCUACACGUCCAUCACCAGAGCUCGCUUCGAGGAGCUGAACGCAGACCUGUUCCGCGGCACCCUGGACCCUGUGGAGAAGGCCCUGAGGGAUGCCAAGCUGGACAAGUCGCAGAUCCACGACAUUGUGCUUGUGGGCGGCUCUACUCGGAUCCCAAAGAUUCAGAAACUGCUGCAGGAUUUCUUCAACGGCAAAGAGCUGAACAAGAGCAUCAAUCCUGAUGAGGCUGUGGCUUACGGUGCAGCUGUUCAGGCCGCUAUUCUGUCCGGAGACAAGUCUGAGAACGUGCAGGAUCUGCUGCUGUUGGAUGUCACUCCUCUGUCUCUUGGCAUUGAGACUGCAGGAGGUGUGAUGACAGUCCUGAUCAAGCGGAACACCACCAUCCCCACCAAGCAGACGCAGACCUUCACUACCUACUCAGACAACCAGCCUGGUGUGUUGAUCCAGGUGUAUGAAGGAGAACGUGCCAUGACCAAGGACAACAACUUGCUGGGCAAGUUUGAGCUGACAGGUAUUCCCCCUGCUCCCAGAGGUGUACCUCAGAUUGAAGUAACCUUCGAUAUUGAUGCCAAUGGUAUCCUGAAUGUGUCUGCUGUGGAUAAGAGCACUGGCAAGGAGAACAAGAUCACCAUCACAAAUGACAAGGGCCGGCUGAGCAAGGAGGACAUUGAGCGGAUGGUUCAGGAGGCAGAGAAAUACAAGGCUGAAGAUGAGAAGCAGCGUGACAAAGUGUCCUCCAAGAACUCCCUGGAGUCCUAUGCGUUCAACAUGAAAGCUACUGUUGAAGAUGAGAAGCUCCAGGGCAAGAUCUCGGAUGAGGACAAGCAGAAAAUCCUGGACAAAUGCAAUGAGAUCAUCAACUGGCUGGACAAGAAUCAG